GCGAAUAAGCCUUCAGUCGCUUGGUCCUGAAAAAAGACCGCUCUUUAAUAUUCGUUUUCAUUUCCUUUUCUAUUUAAAAAUUCGAAUAUGCAUGUGAAACUUUUACUUGUCGCGAUGUUGUUCGCGUUCGUGGCGUGGAAACCAGCAGAAAGUGCCACUGCCGAACAAAUGGACAAAAUGGCAAGGAGUCUGCGCAGGUCUUGCUUGCAAAAGAUCGAUAUAUCAGAAGAUAAAGUGGAGGGCAUGCGAAGAGGCGAAUUUCCAGAUGAUCCAAAUCUUAAGUGCUAUACGAACUGCAUUAUGAAGUUAAUUCGAACCUUUAAAAAUGGCAAUAUCGAUUUUGCUAUGGUGAUCAAACAAGUAGAACUUUCGAUGGCACCGGAAGAAGCGGCCGUAAUGAAGGAAGCCAUACUGAAGUGUAGUCAUAUGGAAUACACCGGUGAUGAAUGCCAGAAAUCAUAUACGUUCGUAAAAUGCACCUACGACACGAAUCCGGAAAGGUUUUUCUUUCCUUAACAAACGACAUUCACGACAAACUGCACCAUCUUUCGAAGAGGCUCCGUGCAAAUUUAUCAAACUGCAAACUGCAAACGAUCGCGAGAUCGAUAAAAGGAGCGAGUCAUCGAUAACGUGUACGAAUAGUUUACUUAUUUUGAGCUGUAAUUUUUUUAAAUUUAGUAUGACGUUAUAUAAUAUGAUCGUAAAUUUUAAGAAAUAUCUUAGGUUGACAUUAAUUUUGCAAUCAAAAUAACGUUAGCGAUUUACAUUACUGUGUUAUUAUACUUUCUUAUAUCGUUAGAUUAUAGAGAAUGAAAUGUCCCAUUUUUAACGAUUCAUACUUCCGCUGAAUCCUAAGAAAAGGAUACGUUUAUAUAUCCUUUUCAUGUGUACGUAAAUGUUAAAGAUGUCUAAACGAGAAAAUCAACUGUCUGAAAGAUAAUGAUAUUUGUCGAAGGCGAUAAAAUUCGAUAUUUUAUACGUUACGGUCUAAUAUCGUAUUGUAUCAAAGAUUCGCAAUAAAAUAGCGUGCAAGUA